CAUCUCAGAGCAUUCCAGACGGUUCUGGAAGCUCUCGGCUAGGAUUUUCUCGAACGCUCCGAGAGACUACAAAAGCCGCACAGACAUUAGGUGCAGACAGAUACUUUACCAGGCGAAGUAGCAGCGCACGGGAGCGACCAGGACACGUCUCGUUCCGGAGCCCUCGACCCACGUUGGAGGACCAAGAAGAAAACCUUCAUUUAAAUCUCCCCAUGAUGCCUGAACUACAUGAUCAACCAAUGGAGGAAGAGGCAGAGACCUUUGCAUUCCAGGCUGAAAUUGCUCAGCUGAUGUCCCUGAUUAUUAACACAUUCUAUUCCAACAAAGAGAUUUUCCUCAGAGAGCUUAUCUCCAACUCCUCAGAUGCCUUGGACAAAAUCCGGUAUGAAAGUCUUACCGACCCCUCCAAGCUCGAGUCUGGCAAAGAACUCAAAAUUGAAAUCAGGCCCAACAAAGAGGAGCGCACUUUGACCCUGACCGACACGGGCAUCGGCAUGACCAAGGCCGACCUGAUCAACAACCUGGGCACUAUUGCAAAGUCCGGCACCAAAGCUUUCAUGGAGGCUCUGCAGGCUGGAGCAGACAUCUCCAUGAUUGGUCAGUUCGGUGUGGGUUUCUACUCUGCGUACCUGGUCGCUGAGAAGGUCACAGUCAUCACCAAGCACAAUGAUGACGAGCAGUAUGCCUGGGAAUCCUCUGCCGGAGGCUCAUUCACAGUUAGAUUAGACAACUCUGAACCGCUGGGCCGUGGAACUAAGGUGAUCCUGCACCUGAAGGAGGACCAGACAGAAUAUCUUGAGGAAAGACGAGUCAAAGAGAUUGUGAAGAAGCACUCGCAGUUCAUUGGCUAUCCCAUCACACUCUUUGUGGAGAAGGAGCGGGACAAAGAGGUGAGUGACGACGAGGCUGAGGAGGAGGAGGAGAAAGAUAAGGAGAAGGACAAGGAGAAAGAGGAAGAGAAGGAUGAGGACAAACCUGAGAUCGAAGACGUCGGAUCAGAUGAGGAUGACGACCAUGACAAAUCUUCAGACAAAAAGAAGAAGAAGAAGAAGAUCAAGGAGAAGUACAUCGACCAGGAGGAGCUGAACAAGACAAAACCCCUCUGGACCCGCAACCCAGAUGACAUCACCAAUGAGGAGUACGGAGAGUUCUACAAGAGCCUCACCAAUGACUGGGAGGACCACCUGGCGGUCAAGCACUUCUCGGUUGAGGGCCAGCUAGAGUUCCGUGCUCUUCUCUUCGUGCCUCGCCGUGCCCCCUUCGACCUGUUCGAAAACAAAAAGAAGAAGAAUAACAUCAAGCUGUACGUGCGCAGGGUGUUCAUCAUGGACAACUGUGAUGAGCUCAUCCCAGAGUAUCUGAAUUUCAUCAGAGGGGUAGUGGACUCUGAGGAUCUGCCCCUGAACAUCUCUAGAGAGAUGCUGCAGCAGAGCAAGAUCCUAAAAGUGAUCCGCAAGAACCUGGUCAAGAAGUGCCUGGAACUGUUCACAGAACUGUCUGAAGAUAAGGACAACUACAAGAAGUUCUACGAGCAGUUCUCCAAGAACAUUAAGCUUGGUAUCCAUGAGGACUCCCAGAACAGGAAGAAGUUGUCUGAGCUGCUGCGCUACUACACCUCAGCCUCUGGAGAUGAGAUGGUUUCCCUCAAAGACUAUGUCACACGCAUGAAGGACAACCAGAAGCACAUCUACUACAUCACAGGUGAAACCAAGGACCAAGUAGCCAACUCUGCCUUUGUGGAGCGUCUUCGCAAAGCUGGCCUGGAGGUCAUCUACAUGAUUGAGCCUAUUGACGAGUAUUGUGUCCAGCAGCUGAAGGAGUUUGAGGGAAAGAACCUGGUUUCAGUAACGAAAGAGGGCCUGGAGCUGCCUGAGGAUGAGGAGGAGAAGAAGAAGCAAGAGGAGAAGAAGGCUCAAUUUGAGAACCUCUGCAAGAUCAUGAAGGAUAUCUUGGAGAAAAAAGUGGAAAAGGUCACAGUCUCCAACCGCCUGGUUUCUUCUCCCUGCUGCAUUGUCACCAGCACCUACGGCUGGACAGCCAACAUGGAGAGGAUCAUGAAAGCUCAGGCGCUGAGGGACAACUCAACCAUGGGUUACAUGGCCGCCAAGAAGCACCUUGAGAUCAAUCCCGACCAUCCCAUCAUGGAGACUCUGCGGCAGAAGGCAGAGGCUGACAAAAACGACAAAUCCGUGAAAGACCUGGUCAUCCUUCUGUUCGAGACCGCCCUGCUGUCCUCAGGUUUCACACUGGAGGACCCCCAGACACACGCCAACCGGAUCUACCGAAUGAUCAAGCUUGGUCUUGGUAUCGAUGAGGACGACACGACAUCAGAUGACGCCACCUCUGCUCCCCCCGAAGAUAUGCCUGCUCUUGAAGGCGACGAUGAUGCAUCCAGAAUGGAAGAAGUGGACUAAGCUCCCUCCGGUUUCCCAUUAGCGUCUAAAAACAAAUAGCUUAUUGUACAGUUCAAACCUAAAUGUUGUAAAUGAUCUUGGAAUGUCACCACUUGUUUCUGUUCCCACUGAUACCUUUAAGUUCAGAUCAUUCCUAUUUUAGGACCUUAUUUUUCAGUUGUUAAAGUGUCAGGUUUUUGUACCUCAAGUUUGACUGCAUUUGUGUUUUAUUUAUUGACAUUCCAUGGUUUGUUCUCUAACUGUAAAUAUCUGAUACUGUUAUUUGGAGCAGUUGAUCCCAUUAAAUAAAAGUUGAACAUGUGAA